UUAACUUGGCCGUGGGCUGGGUAACCUCUAAUGUUGAAAGACCUUGCGUGUUUUCAUAAGCAAUUUUUUGUUUUUAUCGUUUGCAUAAUAGAAGGAUAGUUGUGUUGCUCUGUGUUCUUGGUACAUUAAUGAAUAACAAAAUAACGCAAACAUGUCCUUAAGACCUUCUGUUGAUCUUAGAGCAGAAUUAGCAGAACUUGUUAAACGAAAAGCAGAAAUUGCCGACACAUUGGCAAAUUUAGAACGACAAAUAUAUGCUUUUGAAGGCAGCUACCUUGAGGAUACGCAAUUAUAUGGCAACAUAAUUCGAGGUUGGGACAGAUAUUUAGCUAGUAAUAAGAAUACCAAUAGUAAAGCAGACAAACGCAACAGAAAGUUUAAAGAAGCUGAAAGAUUGUUCUCAAAGUCCUCAAUCACAUCUAUGGCAGCUGUCAGUGGUUUAGUGGACAAUACGCAAGAAAAAAUUGAUCGAUAUAGUGAGUCGGAGUCACAAGUUGGAAACAGCGGCAGCGAGGAUAAUUGCAAUUUUGGGAAUUCGAAUGUGACUUCUGGCCACAGCAAAGAAACAAGCGGUAAAAAUCACACUUCCAUUCCGACCGGAUAUGCUCAAAAUGGAACUCUUUGCAUUUCGGAUGCGAACACACAAUUUACUGAUGGACCGGUGACAAAUGGCGUUCUGGAACAUAUUAUUACGCCAGUAAAAGAUAAUCACAAUAAUAAUAAAGACACACAUAAAACUCGACCAACAAAUAGUGCGAAAAAAAACAGUAGUAAAAGAUGUAGAAAUAGGUAAAAGCUUGCGUGUAUUAGUUUAAAUAAUAUUAUAAGCUAUUAUAAUUUGCACUGUACCUUGUAUUCAAGGACGUCUAUAAAAAAUUCGAUUACGUGAGGUUACAUCAAAAUGUAUUAGUUUUAGUCUUACCAUAAAUUAUGCGGCCGCCUGCGCCCUGCAUGCAUAUAAUAACAACAACGUAAUUAAAUAAUUAACCCCACGAAGAAUACAGAUCAAGUCUCUAAGAUGAAAAACCAUAUGUGACAAUCAUUUUCUGUUCUGGACGCAAUUAUGAGUUGUUUUUAAAACUAAUUUACAAUUUUAAUUUACAUGCUAAAUAAAGGAAAACAAUAAAAGUA